AUGGCUGUUUAUUCUGUAGGAAGUUGGACUGCUCCUGUUUCGGUUCCGAAUCUCCCAUGUCCAUUAGAAUUGUUUUCACAAUUAACGAAAAAAUGUUUGGUAAUAUUCUGCGAUUCAAGACGAGUCAAAACGUUGUUGGAAUGUAUCAUGGGAACUCUCAAAGAUAAGACUGUUUUACUUGUAACUCAUCAAGUUGAUUUCUUGCAUAAUGUUGACUCUAUCAUGGUGAUGCGUGAAGGAAGAGUAGUGCAAAGUGGAAAGUAUGAUGAACUUCUCAAAGCAGGCCUAGAUUUUGGUGCACUUGUGGCAGCUCAUGAAUCCUCUAUGGAGAUAUUAGAAACAAGUGAUAAUUCCAAUGAUGAUUCUUCUCAGUCUCCAAAACUUGCCUGCAUUGUAUCGAAAGAAAAAGAAAGCGGGGUUGAAAAGCAGUCCUCUCAAGAUCAAUCUAAGUUUGAUGAUAAAACUGCAGCAAAGCUCAUUGAAGACGAGGGAAGAGAAACUGGACAUGUGAGCCUUAAAGUAUACAAACAAUAUUUCACAGAAGCAUUCAGAUGGUGGGGAAUAGCACUUGUAGUAGCAAUGUCAGCUGGUUGGGUGUUGUCAUUUUUAGCUGGUGACUAUUGGUUAGCAAUUGCAACUUCUGAUGGUUUUAGCUGGGUGUUGACAUGA